AUGUGCCCCGCGUCGUGUGCGCGGGCGGAGGGGAGCCGCGGCCGACAGCGGGGCCCCGUUGUCGUGUGCGUGCCCGCAGGAGUGGUGAGCAUCGGGGAGCACAACGUUCAGGAGCUGAUAGUCGCCGCGGACAUGCUGCAGCUCACCGAGGUCGUGGAGCUGUGCUGCGAGUUCCUGAAAGGGCAGAUCGACCCCUUCAACUGCAUCGGCCUCUUCCAGUUCUCCGAGCAAAUUGCCUGCCAUGACCUGUUGGAGUUCACCGAGAACUACAUCCAUGCUCACUUCCUGGAAGUGCAGAGUGGAGAGGAGUUCCUGGCCCUAACAAAAGAGCAGCUGAUUAAGAUCCUGCGAAGUGAGGACCUAAGCAUAGAGGAUGAGUACCAGGUUUUCAUAGCUGCAAUGCAAUGGAUUCUGAAGGAUCUGGGAAAAAGAAAGAAACAUGUAGUAGAAGUACUGGAGCCUGUUCGAUUCCCUCUCUUACCAGCACAAAGACUUUUAAAAUACAUAGAAAGUGUUCCAGAUUUCAGCCUUCGGGUGGCCCUGCAAACUCUGUUGAAAGAAUACUGUGAAGUCUGUAAAUCUCCCAAAGAGAACAAGGUCAGCAGUUUUCUGCAAGCUUCUAAAGCUCGUCCCCGGAGGAAAGCCAGGAAGUACCUUUAUGCAGUAGGUGGAUACACCCGGCUGCAAGGAGGACGCUGGAGUGACAGCAGAGCCCUCAGCUGUGUGGAGCGGUUUGACACCUUCAGCCACUACUGGACCACAGUGUCUUCUCUCCACCAGGCCCGGAGUGGGCUGGGUGUGGCUGUUGUGGGAGGAAUGGUCUAUGCCAUCGGAGGUGAGAAGGACUCGAUGAUUUUUGACUGUACUGAAUGUUAUGAUCCUGUUACUAAGCAGUGGACUGCUGUGGCUUCCAUGAACCAUCCCCGUUGUGGGCUGGGAGUGUGCACGUGUUAUGGUGCUAUCUAUGCUUUGGGAGGCUGGGUUGGUGCAGAGAUUGGCAACACAAUUGAAAGAUUUGAUCCUGAAGAGAAUAGUUGGGAUGUGGUGGGAAGCAUGGCUGUGCCCCGGUACUGCUUUGGAUGCUGUGAAAUGCAAGGUUUGAUUUAUGUGGUUGGCGGUAUCAGCAACGAAGGAGUAGAAUUACGUUCUGUUGAAGUCUAUGAUCCAAUAUCUAAACGUUGGUCUGAGCUUCCUCCAAUGGGAACCCAAAGAGCAUACCUUGGUGUAGCUACUCUCAACGAUUGUAUUUAUGCUGUGGGAGGCUGGAAUGAAUCUCAAGAUGCACUUGCUACUGUAGAAAGAUACUCCUUUGAAGAGAUGCUGAGACUGGACAUUGGAACAGAAGCUGUUCUAGAAGGUACGCAUGUUCAUGCUUGCUACAUCUUGCAUCCUCUCUCUUCCAAGUUCAAAUGGACAGAAGUUUUUGCGAUGUAAUUGGUUGUAUUCAGUAUUAGUGAUGCCAUUAGCAUGUUUUGUCUGAAGGAUUUUGUAUUUAGCUUGGACACUUAGUAGAGCAGUAUUUCUAGCAAUUAAAUGAAUCUAGGAAUAGUUAUAAAUUAACUUGUUGUGGAUGAGUGAGGUGGGACUCAGACUCUGAAAUAAGGCUGCUUGGACUUUGAUAGACAGUGUUGUUCUAGAACACAAAACCACAACUGGAAUGUCCCCAAACAGGAAGCCUGCGCUAAGUAGACAAAGGAGCAUUCACACCAUUUAGGUCAACAUCCACUAUGUAAUAUUAACAAGUUAUUGUAUGAAUAAAAGCCUCCAAGGUUAGUGGUGUAAGAACCUUAAGAAUCUAGGUUUUACAUUCCAGCAUAGGGUUGGGAGACUGCCAUGCUAAAACGUGCUAUAUGAUGGAGCAUUUGUUUCUCUGAUCUCCCUGUAAUCUUGUAUACCUUUUUUUUUUUUUUUUUUUUUUUACUUCAGAAAGGACUUUUUAUGCCUGUAGACUAAUGCAUAUUUCCCCCCGCCUCCCCAAAGCUGAAGCUAGUUGUUUUAAACAGCUUUUCAUAAUGAAAUGCAUAUUCCUACUGAUGGUGAAAUGUUCUUUUACAGGGAGCUUUCCUAUUGUAGUAAGCUGUAUCACUGCCGCUCUUGUCUAAUAGCUCUUGUUUUACUGGGAAUCCUGUUUCUCAGUAGGACACUGGGAAAGAUUGUUUAUAAAUGUUAAUGUUUACUGUUUUUAAACUGCAGGUUACACACUUCCCUAGUGAAAUAUUUAUGUACUUCUUCCUUCAGUAUAAAAACACUCAGGUUUCUUGGAAGUGUGGCUGCCUUGCUAACUGCCGUUAUAGGCCCCUCUCAGCCCAAACGACAGGUAAUAUUUCUUAACCUUUCUUCUUCUUCACGCUUCAUGACCCUUCUUGAACUGUUUGAGGAAACCUUACUUUAACUGUAUUUUAUUUGUUUGGGAGUUACUAGUUCACUUCCAAUCUCAUCCCAUAAACUUCCUGUUUUGGAGCAGCUGGAGGGAAUCAGUUGUCAUGUGAAGCUACCUUCUCCAGUUUUUGAGAUUACAUUCUGUCGUGUUUCAGUGAAAAUUAAUUGACUACGGUCUCUGAUGCUCAAUACCUCUUCCUUUGACUCUAGGGCCAAAGCAAAUUCUCUUCUCUAGACCCAUUUAAACAAUUGCCAUGACUGAGUAAGAAAGAAUAAAAUCAGUGUUUUAAUUUACAAACUCAAUUUUUUACUUCCUUUGUAUUCAGAGAGCACAGGAAUAUAUCACUGUUUCAGGGAUAGGAUGCUGUUAACCUGUCAGUUUGAAAGUUUCAGGCUUAUGUAUGUAGCUGCUGUUUCCUCACAUAAGAGGAAAAUGGCUCCAUUUUUAAGACAGGCAGGUUUUUUUAUCCUGUUCUUUGCAGAAUGAACAGAUACCGAGUUUAAGUUACAGCAGGUGCUUCGUUCUUUAUUAAACACAUAUGUAGAAUGGUACUUCAAGAGAACUGUGAGGAUUACCUAAACUGGUGCUAAGUAUGUGUCUAGUCGUAAUUUUUUGGCUUUCUUCUUGCUUCUCAUAGUGUCCUUACGAUGAAAAGCCUACAGAACAUACACAAAUACAACUCCUUCGGUUUAUUGAGGCAGCUGAGGGGAAAAAAAUCCAUGUGACUUCCUUUCACAGUAUAUGGGGGAAGAAGUUACAACGUGGAAAAAGCAUAAUCUCUUCACAUUUAGUGUUUUCAACAGUAGCCCCCCCCCCCCCCCGCCGGUUGGUAGGACAUAAGUCUGUUUCUACCUGUCCCAGGUGCUCAAAUUCAGUUACUGUGUUGAGGGAGAGGGCACAAACUCAUUUUGAGUCCCAUUAUUUGGUCCCUUAGUGCCAGAGAUGGAGCGUUUGUGUCAUAUCAUACCAAGCAUCAUUUGAUAGUACUUUCACGUAGGACUAUGACGGUUCUUUAUGGCUAUGUUGCAUGCAGCUUCCUUGGCUAGGUAACCUGCAGUCUAAACAAAAUCUAGAAACAGCUGGAUCAGAUAUUACUUAUUUCAACAAGCCUAUGCAGGAAGCUAAUCUUUUUGUCUCUGGUGGCACCUUACAGAAGAUACAAGUGUUAGCUUUCUCCUCUAGCUUUCUAUACUUCUCACAAUGGUGGAUAAACUACUUAAGGUAAACGCUGACCUUUGCUUGUCGCUGCAAACAACCCUUGCCCUGGGCUUGUUGCUGCAAACAAACUCUGCUUUGCCAUGCCUUGCCUUGCCUAUCCUUUGUUACCUGACUAAUGUUUCAUCACAUAGCACUUUCAGCAUCUUCUCUGCUGAAAUGAGGCAGAGUUUUUUGUUGGGGUUUUUCUUUUUUUUUUUUUUUUUUUUGCAUCUCUACAAAAUAGCAACUGAAUCAGUAUGUACUUCUCUUCCAUUUCCCUAAAUAAUAAACUACACUGGAUCAGAAGUGUCUUCUCAGGGAGCAAGAAUUGCUUCACCUUGCUUUCACCUUCCUUUAGAACAUUUGCUUACGGUUGCCUGAUUGUUCUACCCAACACAGAACAUUAUCACAUGUUGCAGUUAAGCCAGAUACUUCAGUAAUUCAAUAAAGCAAUUCAUAUUCUUGUCAGAUGACUGUCCAUCUUAAAUUCAUAGGGCAGUGACAUCUUGUCUCAUUUUAGAGUGAUACUUUAUUCUGCAGGUAAGACCAGAUUCAUGCCAGGCUUGAAAGUGAUCAGUAUGUACAGUCCUUCCCUGCUAAACUUGCUAAGAAGCUGUUUGCUUCUGGUACAAGCAUCUUGAAUGGUGCUAUCUUAUGACUUCUAAGCACAACCACUUUUUUUUAUUUUUGCUGGAACUCAAUACAAAUGCCUUGUUCACAAAUAAAUACCUCUUUCCUCUA